AUGAACGGCCAGCACAUUCCUGGGUUCUACUACGACCAGGAGAAGAAGAAGUACUUCAAAAUACAGAGUCAGUCUGCCGCAAGAGGACUGAACCUCAAAUACUCGACUUCGAAUCUUGUCAAAGAGAGGAGAAAGGAAAAUGUACACAGAGCAGCGACUGCGAAAAAGGCUAGGACACAGAGAGAAAGAGUCGUUCGAAGACAUGCGCAUAGUUUCGUUCAAACUGAUCUCGACCGGGAGAUAGGGUUCAAGAGACGGUCCGUCUAUAUACAGAACAUCUGGCCGGGAGCAUGCAUGUCAGGCGUCAAUUCCUCGCCGGAGCCCAUCACCAGCAGCGACGACCUGGGAGUGAUCAGGUUCUUCGACCGCGAUCCAAUUUCGAGGAGUAUAUAUGCAGUCUGCGGAGAGAACAGGAUCAAGAGACGACAUUAUCUCGGCAAUGACCAGGCAGCGAAUCUGCCAAAUCCGCAAUCGAGGAAGAAGUUGAGAGCCCUCAACACACAGUCAAGAUAUGGCUACUACCCCUGGGACGAGAUAGGGCGCACAACAUCAACCGUCUCGUCGUUUCAAUACAUGCCCAACUCAGGCGCUCUCGCAGUCACAACCAUUGGCUCAGACAGACCACCAAUCGUCCAACUCAGCGACCCCGAGCGCGACGGACCACACAUCUCGCAGCAGUUCACUCCCAAAGCCUGCGCCGCAAUCUUCUGCUCCGCCGCGCGUCCCCCAAAACUCUCAACAGCACACCACCCAAACAGCAUCGCCGGAUCCGAAACCGAGCACCUCGCCGUCGGCGCCCAGCAAUCCCUGCUCAUGUUCACCCGCUCACCCUCCGGCUCCUGGGACUCCUCCACCGUCCUCCCAGACCUACACGCUGACAUCCUGUCACUCACAUGGCUCUCCCAUUCCACCAUCGCAUCCGGCUGCCGCAAUGGCAAAAUCCACCUGCACGACCUACGCUCGGGUGGGAGUUCGCACAUCCUAACGCACCCGUACCCCAUCAGCGCCCUCUCGCGCACAGACGACCCGACCCGCCUGCUCUGCGCGGGGCUGCAAGACACGCUCUUCCUCUACGACAUCCGGAUGCCACGCCUCUCGUCGCACCGCGAUCGCGACGGGAAGCUGAACAUGCGGGACCACCACUACAACGAGGCGUAUUUCAAGACACUGUACCCGGGGGGCCACGAUCACAAGCGCCGCAAACUGAUGAACAGGAAGGCGUUUGCGAAGUGGAGCCAGCCCGUGCUGAGCUUUGCGCAUACGAAUCAGGACGAUGUGGAUCUUGGGGUUGCUAUUAACCCGAGACUUGGUCUUGUGGCGGCCAGUCAGGAUAUGGCCAAUUGCAGCAAUGCGAUCAGGGUGAGCAACAUGUGGACGGGGAAGACGGUGCGGGAAUUCGAGCCACCUGCCACGAAAGCUGGAGAGAGGGCGCAGAAGGUACGGGAUCUGAAGUGGAUUGAUGACGAAGACGGAGCCGUGAGCCUGUGGAGUACGUGGGGGAAGGAUAUAGCUUCGUUCUCGUGGUAG